UUUUUGAUUUUCUUUUGAAAACUCGUAAACCCCCCCCCCCUCUCUCUCUCUCUCUCUCUGUGCGUACGCGUCUGCUGAAAGGAAGCCGCAGCUAAUAGAUGAUGUGAAGAGAGAAGAAGAUAGGCCAGGCCUUCUACAGCAUCUUCCUGCAUUCGCUAGCCAUUGUCAGAGAAGAAGCUUGACCUACCAGAGGUUGCCGGUUCAGUACCUAUCUGUAUCUUCUGCCGUUUGUGUUCUUUGAUUUGGGUGUAAACCCUAGGGUUGUUUGGUCGAUUGUGCGCGUUCAAUGGGGAAGAAGCAGAAGAUAGUGCUGCCGCCGGAGCUUCCGCCGGAGGUUUCUGAGGAAGAAAUCGAAGUAUCUGACGAGGACGUGCAGUUUGUGGUUCAGAAUCCGGAGUACGCUAGCGGAGUUUCUAACUUAGACACUCAUUCAAUUACCAGGCAUGUUACUCGUGUUGCUGAUGUAAAAGAAGAUGCUUUGGAGUCUCUAUAUGAAAAGAGGUUCAAAAAGAAGUUGAUAGAGGAAAAAAAUGAGGAAAAUGGCCUUGAAGUUGAUCGUGUAGAUGCACUUCCAGUGAAGACUUUGGAUGGAAAACUUUACUACAGGACAGUGCCAAAGAUGUCACAAAAGUCUGAAAAUGCAACCAGUAGAGACCAGGACAUUGUUAACAAUGAAGCUGAUGGUGUAGAUAAAAGUUUAGUGAAGUUCACAAAAGCAGAAAAACGGGCAAAGCUAAAAAAGAUGAGGAAAGAGGCGAAAAAGCAAGCCAAAAAUAUGGCUGAAGAAGAGGAAGUGCAACAAAACCCUCAAGCUGCAGUGUUGGCUGAGGUGGAAAAAGAACUCACAGCUGAAGAAGCCAAUGAAAGUAAAAAGUUUAAACUUGCUGAACUUGGAACAGACCUGCUUACGGAUCCAGAAUCCAACAUUAAAUCCCUUAAAGAGAUGCUGGAGAUCUCUAAAGAUGCGGAUCACACUAUAGCAGUUCUUGGACUGAAGUCUUUAUUGGCUGUUUUCAAAGACAUUAUUCCUGGUUAUCGCGUUAGGCUGCCCACUGAGAAGGAGCAGCAAAUGGUUGUUUCAAAAGCUGUUAAGAAAAUGCGGUAUUAUGAAUCCACCCUCCUAUCCGUUUACAAGGCCUAUUUGCAGAGGUUAAUAGCCUUGGAAAAGAAUGCCUCAUUUCAUCGUGUGGCUAUUCGCUGUAUCUGCACUUUAUUAGAUGCAGUUCCCCACUUCAACUUUCGUGAGAGCCUGUUGGCUGCUGUUAUUAAGAACAUAAGUUCCCCAGAUGAAGUUAUAAGGAAGUUAUGUUCUCAGGCUGUUAAGUCACUUUUUACCAGUGAGGGGAAGCAUGGUGGUGAGGCUACUGUGGAGGCAGUUAAAUUGAUAGCAGAAUAUGUAAAAGCUCACGAGUGCCAGUUACAUCCUGAUUCCAUUGAGGUUUUCUUGUCUUUGUCAUUUGAUGAGGAUCUUAGAAGGAAUGAAAUGGAGAAUGUGGAUAACAAAAUGAAAAACAAGAAAAAUAAAAAGAGAAAGAAUUUUGAGGAGCCUAGUCAAUUGCAACAGAAUGACAAAAAGAAAAGUCGAAAGGAAUUAAUGUCAAAAACAAGAGACGAGGUUAAUGCUGACUUUAAGGCUGCUUCGUUUACCCAAGAUGCCAUGGAACGGAGAAGGAUGCAGACUGAGACACUUUCUGCUGUAUUUCAAACAUAUUUUCGCAUCUUGAAGCAUGCUAUGCAGUUGACUGCAGCAAGCUCUGAAGGGAUUUCAGGUUCUUCAGCUGGCACAUCUGAUGGUCACCCUUUGCUUGCACCUUGCCUAAAGGGAAUUGGAAAAUUCUCUCAUCUAAUUGACUUAGACUUUAUGGGGGAUCUGAGAAAUUAUCUACGGAAACUUGCUGGAGGAGGUAGCAACUCAACUAGUUCUUCAGAGAAAAGUUUGAGACAACUGACAGUCUCUGAAAGGCUGCAAUGUUGCAGUGUGGCUUUUAAAGUGAUGAGGAACAAUCUAGAUGCCUUAAAUGUUGAUUUACAGGACUUCUUUGUUCAGCUUUACAGUAUUAUAUUGGAGUACAGACCAGGAAGGGAUCAGGGUGAAGUGUUGGCUGAAACUCUAAAGAUAAUGUUGUGUGAUGAUAGACAACAUGACAUGCAGCGUACUGCUGCAUUCGUAAAGCGUUUGGCUACCUUCUCUUUAUGCUUUGGAUCUGCUGAGUCCAUGGCUGCUUUGGUGACUGUAAGGCAUCUUCUUCAGAAAAAUGUCAAGUGUCGGAAUCUGUUAGAAAAUGAUGCUGGAGGGGGUUCGGUUUCUGGUUCCAUUGCGAAGUUUCAGCCUUAUGCUUCGGACCCAAACCUUAGUGGAGCCCUGGCUUCGGUUCUUUGGGAACUCAACCUUCUAUCUAAGCACUACCAUCCAGCUGUGUUGACACUAGCAUCGAACAUUUCAACCAUGAGCACCGCUCACAACCAUGUUUAUCAUUCCAACAUGUCACCUCAACAAGCUUUCCUGGAAUCAUCACUCGAACAAGAGUCAUUCAACCCGAAGAUUGACACAGGGAAGCUAAACAAUAAAAGAAGAGGAUCUGGAUAUGGAUCUGGCAAGUCAGAUUCUAAUGGGAUGAACCCUGGUACGACGAAUUUGGGUGAUGAAGGUAUGGUCAGGAAGAAACUCUCGGAACAUUUUUGGUUAAUUCAUGAUAUCAACAAAAAUAAGCAAUUAAGGGGCGAGUUGGACCGCACAACACAGUCCUUGCAAUUAUACGAACAGUAUAAGAAGCAAAAGAAAGUGAAAAAAGAUGGUUUGAAACUGAGGAAAGUGGGAAAAUCGUAGCUUGCAGCGUGCUGCUGGAUGAAGUUUCAAAGUGAUAGAACUCAAGUCUGCGGUACUUGAAAAUACUGGGGAAAACAUGAUAGCGCAAGGACACUCUGGAGCACAAUAUCUAUAUUCAGGGAGGCUGGUAUUAUGAUUUCUCUUUAUUGUACUUCAUAUUUACAGAAUUUCAUGAAGAGAACUGUUUGUAGUGUGGAAACCUCUAUAUGUAAAGCAACUCUAAGGCUGGUAAUGCUUCCUCCACCUUUUGGUGGUUAAAUUAUCGGUCAAAUUGUUCCUGCAUAAAAAGAUAAGAGAAUAUCUUUUUUGUUUGAA